UAGUUUCACAUGAAAGUAAACUGCCGCUGGUACAGGGAUACAGGCGACCCAUGUGGUCAACAGGUUGAACAUGUAAAGCCAACAUUUAGAGCAGCUUCCUGCACCUUUGACUGACCUUUCCUCUGAACAAUAUCACUGUUUUCCAGAAAAGAGAUACAUGAACCUACACUUGUGUAAAUAUUCAGCAGUAUUUCCACUGGUAUUCAAAUCAGUGUGAAUCUCUCCAGCACAGUAAAGCUCAUCUUUUACAAUCCUUCUCUCCAACUCACCCUCUCAUUGUAGGUGUAGGACUCUUGGCACUGUUGGUGCUGAAUCAUGUGGAUAUCAAACAAUGACUGGCUGGACAAAACUGACAACUAAUGAAAUAACUUUGUGGGAGUGUGACACCCCGGGGUGGGGGAGCAGCUGCACGGUGACCCCUCAUUUCAGUCUGCUGGGCCUAUGGCAGGCCGAUCUGCCGGCCGGCUUGGACACUGUGGGUACUGUUGGCAGAGUUUCCGCCCGUGGGCGCCCUGUAUAAAUUGAGCUCAUCGUGCCAUCACAAACACACUGGCACAGACAGGUACUGGUAAGGGGUUCAUGUCCAUCACUCUGUAUUUUAUAAAGUUUUAUAUCUUAUUUUUGCCACUUUGUUUUAGGUGUGAUUGAAAAAUUCUCUUUGCUCUCAUUGCUUCCCUUCUGUGUUUAGACGGCUGUGAACUGUGUAAACUUUGGAUGUGUUUGGAAAAAUUCUAAAAACGAAUAGCUGCUUAAACAUUGUAAACCAAGAUAUAAAAAAACAAAUCUUAUAGAUAUCCAACAAUAUUUAUCAAUUUUUUUAAAUCUAACUUAUCCUGUUUCUUUUCAGUUUUGUCCUUGCCAAUCCAAUCACUAUGGCCACAGACCACCAGAACCCUGCAUCCAAGCAGCAGCAGCCAGGCGGCAGUGGGUUUAAGCUGGUUAUCUAUGAGCAGGAAAACUUCCAGGGACGCUGCCAUGAGCUGACUGGUCCCUGUAACAACCUCCAGGAAGCAGGCGUGGAGAAAGUGGGCUCCAUACUGGUGCUGUGUGGACCAUGGGUGGGAUACGAGCAGGCCAGCUGUAAGGGGGAGCAGUAUGUGUUUGAGAAGGGGGAGUAUCCUCGCUGGGAUUCCUGGACCAACAGCAGGCAUAGUGACACCAUUGCUGCAUUCCGCCCGAUUAAAGUGGACAGCCAGGAGCACAAGAUUGUCCUUUAUGAAAACCCCGGCUUUGCAGGGAAGAAGAUAGAAAUCAUAGAUGAUGAUGUCCCCAGCUUUCACGCACACGGCUACCAGGAGAAGGUCUCCUCUGUCCGAGUCCAGAGUGGCACCUGGGUGGGCUAUCAGUAUCCUGGCUACAGGGGCUUUCAGUACCUGUUUGAAAAGGGGGAGUACAAGGACAACACCGAAUUCGGAGCCCAGAUUCCUCAGAUCCAGUCAGUUCGGCGCAUCAGAGACAUGCAGUGGCAUCAGAGGGGUGCAUUUCAUUAGCCUGUGACUCCUUCCUGUCAUGAUUCCAGGCCUUGGCACCCUUGCUCCCCUUCCAGCAGCAACCCCCUGUCCUUCAU